UCAGGGAUGUGAAAUGUGGCCCGACAGGUCAGAUGGGAACUCAGACAGAAAGCGGGACCGACAAGCUUGUCAGUCAGGUGGAUUGCGCUGCGCUUAGGUCGGAAUCGAACAAUGACCCCGCUGUGCCGCCGCCGCCGCUGAGUGGGAACCCGUGCGGAGGGACACGCCGACCCUCACCUCACCUCACCGGACGAAAGAGGAAUUUCCCGAUGGUGCCUCUGACAGUCGGAGCACAACUCAGGAAGGAGCAGUGAGAGGAAGCGUGGGAGGAGGAGGGUCUGCUGAGGAGGAGGACGUGGGUGGGGGGGGGGGGGGGCGCACUGUGUGCCCGUGGAGUGGACACAAGAGAAGACAUGCUUCACUACGGGCCCAGACGAACAUUUUCCAGCACCACCACCACAGACGACUCUUCAGAGGCCACCAGCGAGAGGACAAUCAGGCGCCUUCGGUUGACUCUCCAUCCGGGAGAUGACGCCAGCAAGGAGCACAAACCUGCUAAAUCAGAUACGGAUGGCUGGAAAAAGAGGAAUGGCAUCAUUCAAAGAGAGAGGCCGGCUGGCAGAGAGUCACUCGAGCAGCACCUGGGUGACAUGACCAACGGGCAGCCCGAGCCCUCGCCGCAGCAUCGCGGGCCCAAAAUGUACGGCGUCGUGCAAAGGAACAACCCGGAAAGACAACAGGAAGUGAUGGCGCGAGAGUGGACCGUCAGUCACCUUCAUGACGAAAUGAAGUACAUCAGGGAGGUGAGAGAUUCUCUGGAGAAGCUCAGAGAGCGCAUGUACGGGCAGUUUGGAGGCAUGCAGCAAUCUGUGCACAAGCUCUCGCAGGAAGUAAAGACUGCCAACUCACGCCAGAGGAGUCUUGAGUCAGAGGUGAGGGUCCGCACAGCAGCCAUGGAGAGAUUCGAUCAAAUGAACAGCUCCCUUAUAUCAUCCAACAUCGGCCUGCAGAAAUCUCUCCUGGACAACUGUCAAAAUCGAGCGGACACGAGGGAAGAGUUGAAGACUUUGCGCAGCACAUGUGAGCGAACACAAGAACAGCUCAGAGACAAGGAGCGAGAGCUGGCCGCUGCACAUGCCGAGAACCAGACGCUCAGACUUCAGGUGGAAUCUUCGCGGGAAGCCAACAGCAAGGCCCUAAUGGAGCUCUCCGUAGCACUCGAAAGGGACUACCAGGAAAAGCUGCAGGAAGAGCAAAGAAAACACAGGGAGGAGAUUGAAAUACUCCAGGCGCAACUGGAUGACUACAUCAGACGACUGGAGGAAGCUGAGAGGAAUAUUCGGGCCGCGGAGGCCAAAAUUGCCGAGCGGGAUCAGAGGAUUGGUGAACUCGAGCGUCUGCUCGACUGCAUGGGAACGGAAAAGAGUCAUCUCCAUCAGAAACUGCAGGAAUGUGAACGCCGUCUUCGCUGGUUGGAGAAGAGCGAUACAACAGAUGGAGCUGCAGCCAAAAGGUCCCAAGAGCUGCAAAGGGAAGCUGGAGGCCUCAGAGAGCGGAUCAAACACUUGAACGACAUGGUCUUCUGUCAACAACGGAAGGUCAAAGGAAUGAUCGAGGAGGUGCAAAAACUACGAGCUCAAGUUGCUGAGAAGGACAUGUUCAUCUCAGAGCUGCUGGACCAAAUUGCAAUUGUGGAGUGUGAGAAUAAUGAAUUAGAAGACAAGCUCAAGUAUUUUAUGUCCACACAGAGUAGUGAAGAAGAUGAUUUGGACUUCCGGAAGAUAGGACGAGUCUGCAAUACUCCCCCAAGAGUUGAAGUACCGCGGCAUGACGCUGAAUCGCCAACUCAUCCCCAUCCUAGAAAACACCUCCCAUCUGAACAACCUCUAUUUGUCAUACCACCUCCACCCCAAAUACGACCUCCGCCGCCCCCAGAUGCUCCCUUACCAUAUACAUAUGCUUCACUACCCCCUGAACCUCCUUUAUCGCCUACAAACGCUCCGCUACCCCCGCUACCUUCAUCGCCCACACCGCCUUCAUCGCCCACGCCACCCUCAUCGCCCACGCCACCUCCAUCAUCACCCGCAUCACCUCCAUCAUCUCCCACACAAGCAUCAGCUGUGCCUCCUAUACAACAUCCUUCGAACCUCUACCUUACAACGCCUACUCAACCGAGGACAUUCAAGUACAACAAACCUCCUCCCAGCAGGCUGGAGUCCAGUUUACUUCGCUUCACACCCAUCGAGUACAGCCGCUACCUGGACGCCAACCCGACGCCCCAGAUACAAAUGUACUCCUCCGCCCAAAUCGCAUCCGAAUCCCAAAGUUACAAGUGCCAGCCUAGCGACGAGGUGGACGCAGCAACAGACACGCAGACAGCAUCGAAUAAAGACGAUGGUUCAGCGGCGUCCGGGAGAACAAGACCGAUGCUCGCGCGCCUGGAUACGCCAUUCGUGAAAUUAAUGGAAAUAACAGCAAAUAUCAAAAUUGAGUGACUGGAGAUCACUGAACUGCGAAGCCCAGUUUAAUGCGAUAUGUACCAGACCCAAUUGUAAUUGGUGAAAACAAACGGCAGAUAGCGAGAUCAUUUAAAAAAAAAAAAAAAAAAGCCAGUUUAUAGUUUUGACCCUCCCACACACUUUUAAAACAAAAUUCAACUUAGUAAGACACACUAGCACUAGUCAAGUAUUCCUUAGUUCUCAUUCUCUCGCUCGCACAGUUCUCCAAAUAGGAGGCACAACGUGCUUGCUCCAAGUUGUUUAUUUGUGUCACUUCCAUAUGAAGUUUACUGUAAAUUUGACAUGUAAAACAAACGAGAAUAAAACUUUGUAUAUUGAAAUACCCAAAUGUUCAACCAAACCAUGAAUGAACUGAAGCCCGCUAGCUUAAUGCCCAUUCCUGAGAAGACUUUACAUCAUUAUGUAUGACUUACGAUAACACAAUAUGCUAUUUACAGGAAAACCUGUCAUUUAUACCAAAAAAUACAGGCUAGUACAAUGUCCUUCAAGGUAUUAAUAGACAUUUUGUUGUACAGGCUCACUCGUGGCCCAUGUUUCGUGCCUUUGCGCUAAACUAGCAACAAGCUAACACGAGAAGACGAAACCGCAUUGUAUGUUUACUUUGAUUGAUUCCUUCUGUUAUUUUAUUUCUCGUUUCGCUGUCCUACUUUGUGAAAAUAUGAUUCUAGUUCAGUGGUGUCGAACAUACGGCCCGCGGGCCAGAACCGGCCCGCCAGGGGGGGGGGGGUCCAAUCCGGCCCGUGGGGAUGGAGAACACAUUCACUGCUAUUUUUCAAUAAAAGUAACUUUUGUCGCUAAUUUUGUCCACUGGAGGAUGCGCUGACAACACUUAAAUGACAUUGAUGCACUUGUGAAGGCCAAACGAUGCCAAGUUUCAGGAGCACACUAAUAUAAAAUGGUGUGCCAUGUUCACGCUACAAUUCUGUGAAAAUACCUUUCUUCCUCCUGUAGACAUGUUUUAAGACAUUGAAUAUCACACAAUUUCAGUAAAAACCUCACUUAAAAAGAGGUUGGUUUGUUGGAACCUUUUUGGGUUUUUUUCCCCCGAUGCAUUGCCAGAAUUCAAAUUUGUAUGUAUACAUUUACUAAGGUUGCAUAACUUAAUGCUGCAUGCUCACUGAUUUAUAAACCUGUUGAAAUAAUGUUUGGUUAAAAAUGUCAGACUGCUCAUGAUUUGCAACAAAAUUUGCAACAAGAUAAUAACUAAUAAAUGUGAAUAUUUUCCGAAAUUACUUACUUGGAAUUAUUUGGAUCAAAACAAUGGGGAAUAUUUUGAAUAGUUCUUAUUUAUGGAUUUUUGAGCCACAAAUAGUGUGGCCCAGCCCACUUGAGCUCUCAUUGGGGUGAAUGUGGCCCGCGAACUAAAAUGAGUUUGACACCCCUGUUCUAGUUGAUGUUUGCAAGAAAGAAGUCUCGAAUGAAGUCACAUACUGUAGGUGUAUAUAAUCUCAUAUUAUGAGUCCUAUUUUGUAAAUCAUAAUCGUAAGGACUAUGUUUUGGUUGUUUACAAUGAAUCUAGGCCAAAAUGAACUAAAGCGGCUGUCAGAGAAGUUUCUUCAAAACAACUGAGACGAGCCCGAGGACUGUAUCGAAGUGAACUCACACCAACCGAGAUUGUCCUUUUCUGCUCGCGAGCAACUCACUGAGAGUUAACAAGAUAUUUUGUUAUUAUUACAUUAUGCACAAGAUAUUUAUUUACAUGUGACAUGCCUUGAUGUGGUGGGAAUGCAGAAUAAAAAUGUUGUUACAUGCAA